AUGGCUUUCUUUAUUCAUAAUUUAUUGCGACCAUCUGAAAUUAUCGAGCAGUCAUCAUCAGUCAGGAACAUCCUGAGUGAAACAGCAUUUUGUGAUGAGACACUUGUGUCGUGCAAAAGCAUACAGGUUGCAACAUGUCCAACUAAUUUCAUGAGCUCCUUCAGUUUUCCGGAGUGGUGGUACCAAGCAGUUAACUAUGUCAACAUGACUUCUCAACAUCUUGGAUAUCAGAUAAGUCAUACGAACAGCGAACAUAAUUCGGUUAUCAUUGAUUGGGAUCCACAACUGCCAUGGUUGCAGCCUUCCAUGCAGAAAUCACAACAUAAGCGGAAAGGUGGUCAAAUCCGGUUUACGAAUGAACAAACAGAUGCACUUGAACAAAAAUUUGGCAAUCAUAAGUACUUGUCAUCACAAGAGCGAAAGAAAUUAGCAAGAAGUUUGCAGCUUUCUGAAAGACAGGUUAAAACAUGGUUUCAGAAUCGACGGGCUAAAUGGCGCAGAAUCCGUAAGGACGAAGAAGAAAUUCGUCUUGAUAACAUAAUUCACCCAAUACCACAGCUUAUCCAUUAUGGUCAUCAACAGCACUACUCGUUCUUCAAAACUCACAUGUGA